CUUAAACUCUAUGUUUAUUUUGUGUUAAGGCGCGUUGGCAGUGUUUGUUUUUCUUUUCCCCCGUUAAGUUUAAUGCCAGGCACCGUCUGAGUUGUUACUAGCGGUGGAGUAGAAUAGUUAGCCGACGUCUUGUUUUACUCCAGGAUGCCAAAAAAGAAGAAAAACGGUCAGAGUCCAACCAGAGUUCCCGGAAUGUCCAGUAAGGCUGGAGUGGCUGCUGGGGACACUGGUACGGACAGGAUGGCGAAAAACUGCGGAGGCGUCCGUCUGCCCGCGGAUCCGAGCGCAGUUUUAGGGAAAGACGACGUGGUGAAGAGCAUGCAGGAAAUGUUUGCACACUUGGAUCCCGAGGUCGUUUACAUGGUGCUGGCCGAGUGCGAUUUCAAAGUGGAGAAGGCAAUGGAUUCUAUGCUGGAGAUGUCCGCUGAGACGGCUGAAUUUCCUUCUUGCAGUGUCUCAGGGUUCGAAACUGCUGCUGCGCUUUUGGAGCCAAAACCACUGUUGGGUGACACUGUGCCUGAAUCACCUGCCAGCAGAGCCCUGGGGGUUCAGGGCAAGAACUUGGAUGGAAUUGGGACACAUCUCACUGCAGAUUUUGACGUGCUCAUUGACAGGGAGCUCGCGAGCAUCUCGGCGUUGUCCUCGUCCUCGCUUCCGCUGCCAGAGGCCCACCAGGCCCUGCCAGAGCUGCUCCAGUCCAGCGUGCAAACCUCUCACACAGACACUGGGUUCGGGGCCUUGAAUAGCUCUGGGUCCUGCUCCCCUCUGAGUGGCCUCAGUGUUAUAGGAACAGCAGGUUCCAAAGAACCUCUGAGAAUAUUGGACUUUAGCCAUCUGACCUCUGAGCCUACAAGCAGCAAUUCCUCACGGGCGGGACCUGACUACCCCUCUGCUUUCCAGGCUUAUAGAAGGGGCCCUCACAGCACAACCUCUGCAGGGGUGCAGCAUGCAAAAUCUGACCCCAGCGGCGUAACGUCUCAAACCGUCACCCCACCCUUCGUCGUCCCGGUGGUGAAUCCGGGGCCUUGGAAUCUUCAGUGCGCCUCCUACUGGUUGGGCCACAGUUUUGCGCAGCAGCCACCCAUGAAGCCUGCAGCCACCGUACCAAAAUCCUGGACCGUGCCUACGGCCCCCAAACCUCUACCGCAGGUCCGAUCGAACCGUUUGAUUGGCCGCUUGCUGGUGGUGUUGAGAGGGGCCCCAGGAUCUGGAAAAUCGACACUGGCCAGGAACAUUCUGCAAGAGAACCCCGGUGGUGUGGUGUUAAGUACUGAUGACUACUUCCGUCGUGAUGGAUUCUACCACUACGAUCCUUCGGAACUUGCAGAAGCACAUGAAUGGAAUCAUAACCGAGCCAAGGAGAGUUUUGAAAAGGGAUUAUCUCCCAUUAUCAUCGACAACACCAACAUGCAGUGCUGGGAGAUGAAACCCUACGUGAGUCUGGCUCUUCAGUAUAACUUCAAGGUCAUGUUUCGUGAGCCUGAUACCUGGUGGAAAUUCAGACCAAGAGAGCUGGAGAGACGCAAUAAGCACGGGGUCCGGAAAGAGAAGAUCAGGUACAUGCUGGAUCACUAUGAACGCCAUGUCUCUGUGGACUCCAUCAUGCGUUCAUUUGGGACAAAGUCUCCGGUACUAGGUAGCAGUAGUGCAAAGCUGCCCCACGAAGAGAGCAGCCUGUCACAGCCUUCUUCAUCUGAUGUGAAACCAGACCUUGUGGAAGAGCCCUACCUGAACCUAGGGUCGAUGAAGGAAAACUUCCAGCUCUUCUCCUCCUUGCCAGACGUGUCUUCAGUCGGAGGGAGUUCCACAAAAGAUGAGACCAGCAGUAGCGGUGUUGGAUUUUUUGAAAGCAGCCACACUGCCAGUGAGCCUCUGUUGGUGAAAGGGCAGGAUUCUCAUGAGAGUGGAGCUCUAGAAGUGCACAGUGCUGAGCUGCAAGAGCCGUGGGCUACGGACUGGGACCCGGAGAGCUGCUCAGGUACUUUGGGAGGAAGCCAGGCCUUGGCCACAGAGUGGACCCCAGAGACCGGCCAAGAGGACCGAAAGAAUGAUAAGCCUGUGGCCUUUUUUGAGUCAAUUAGCCAAAGAGUAAAGCGUGACAGGACCUGUGUCAUGCAGGCAGACAGUACUAAUGAUGUCCUGCAGGACCAAGCUGCUCUCCGACUAGAGUGUGUCAAUGUAGGGGACACAAGAAGUGAGGACUCUGACAUUGUAGUUGUUGAUGAGACACAACCAGAGUUGAUGGAUUUUGUGGGUGACUGGCCCUUGGAGGCUCAGAAGCAGAGGGAGCAGAGGACAAGGGAAAAAGACGGCAGGUCGCUUCUGGAGGAGGACAGUCAGCUGGAAGUGGCAGAGAGCUGCAGUGGCGGUUCAGGUGGGGACACUGGUUCACAAAUGAUAGAGCUUCAGAAACUGCUAGACAUGUUACAAGUCAGUGUUGACUCUUCCGGAAAAUGUGUAAAUCCCCCAGUGGACUCCCGUGGAAGCUCUCUGGUUGGUUCUGCAGUGCACUCAAGUUUUGAGGACUUAACUCUUGAAGCUGGCUCUGGUGUAGAAGAGGCCUUGAAUUUAUCCUUGUCCAGCAAAGAGGGAAGCCAGGGAUUAGGCAGGGAGAGCAAGCCUGAGCUGCUGGAUUGUGUGGCACACUGGACAGAUGGCGAGGCGAUGGCUGAAAACAUGAUACCACAGUUCCCAGCAGCAGGAGAAAGUGUUAGCACCGUUUGUGCCACAGUAGAGGAAAACGACGGACCGUCUUUGACCAGGGAAGGUAGCAGUUGCUCCACUGGGAUAAGCAAGGAGUUCCAGAGUGGAAAAUUGGAAGAACUUCAAAGUCCUUCUGGGAGCACUGCUGGGAAGCCUGUAACUCCUGGAGCUACGUCAGCAGCAGAGACGGAAAGCAGCCCAACUGUUCCUUCACCCAGGGGUAGUCAGGAGCGUAGGCUCAGGCAGAACCGGAGGUCGGGGAAGCACUGCAGGCUAGCCCUCACCUUCUCUAACAAUAGCUCCUGUGCACCCCAGGUCCCGCCUGAGUCGCCUCCAGCGACUUCCUUAUAUGCAGCGUUCCCAGGGCGGCCAGCAUCUAGCAGCAUCUGCAGCUACUCUGCUACACAGACUAACCCGCAGGACUUUGCUCUGCUUUGGAGGCUUGACCGACAGUGUCAGACCAACACUGAUGGCCUUGGGGUGAAGGUGAUGAAAGGAGAUUCCACCCGCUUUCUUCCCAAGCCAGCCGGAGCCCUGGAGUCUUCUGACUGCCCGGAUGUGCCAUACCGUGUGGUGCAUGACAAGGGUUCUCAGGUAGAGGAGCAGGAGCUAAGCAGUGGCAACGAUAAGCUCCAGGACUUGCAGGUCCUCAGCCGACACUUCAAGCUAGUCUCCUUUGAUACUCUGGAGGACCUGUAUGAAAAAUGUCACCAAGACAUGGAGUGGACCACCAAUCUACUCUUAGACUCUGGUGAGCAGCUGUUCAAAGAUGAUGAGACUGGAGAUGCUCUUGGGCCAGAUAUUGUCAGUCGGCCCGCUGGGGAUAGUUUGUACACGGCUGUUGAACCCUCUUGUACAGAUGGUCCGGUCUUAAGUGCUGAGCAGUCUGCUGCCCUCAGUUGCUCAGAGGUCCAAAAUCCAACACUGGAUGCUGACCUUCAGAUGCUGGCUGUAUGUUCUAAGGAGGAAGUGGCCCACAAUGCUGAUGCUGAGCAGUUAAGUACGCAGGAUGACAUGCUGACAUUGGAGAACUGCCUUGGAACCAUCGAACCAGUAUCCAAAGAGGGACCCAUUAACUGUAUUCCUGUACCAGAGGCACCAUUAGCUCAUUGUUCCUCACUGGACAUCAUCAUGCCUUCAUCUAUGGGCUCUAGACAAGCAGAAGUCCUUUUUGGAGAUCUGAAAGGGUUUAGCGAGGACCAGCUCAAUGAAGCCGUUGCAGCACCUGCAUCACAGAAACCAGAGGAGCAGGCAGGCUCUUGGGGAGUUGAAUAUGAGAGUAAUGUUGCGACAGAUGACGUCCAAGUUGAGGAGCCUGUUAGUCUGGGACAGUUUGAAGAGCUAAAUAAGAAAGAGGAUGAGCACUCAAAGGAGAAGCUGAAAAUGGAAGACCAGAGAGAUCGACCUGCCAAGCAGCAAAUCAUGCCAGUGGAUAUUCAGUCCUUGGAGCUCAAGCUACCCACAGAACUCGCCUUGCAGCUCAGUGAGCUCUUUGGACCUGUGGGCAUUGAUCCAGGUGCUUUGACCCCCGAGGACUGUGCAGUACAGAUCGAUCUGAACCUGGCCCGACUUCUUCACCAGAAGUGGAAGGACUCCAUACAGGAACGACACAGGCAGGAAGCACUUUUCUACCAGUUUCUUCAGGAAGGUUCCCUUCCCUUGGGAAAUUCUCAGUUUCUUAGGCCAGAUUGCUUGGCAUCCCUCUGUCAGCCAGACAGUUUGGAAAAUCUGCCCUUCAUGGACCAUUGGAAUGCCCCUCUGAGCCACGCAUCCCUGCGCGACAUCAUGUCUGAGGAAGAGGCGUUGCAGCACAACCUGGAAAAGUACCGAUCAAACCACGUGGAGCCGAGCAGGAGAGACGGCGCCGCCCUACUGAAGGAGAAGCAGCUUUACAGCAUGUUUCCUGCGAUUGACUGCCACUUUCUCAAGGACAUGUUCAGGGACAACAACUACUCUUUGGAGCAGACCGAGCAGUUUCUCAGGUCCAUCCUGGACCAAGGGCCGGUGAAGACUGUGGUGGCCCCAGAAGUUGCCCUGCUCAGGGACGGGGAGAGGAACGCCAGCAAAGAGAACGUGGGUAUCUCCACACAGGCACUUGACUCUGCCAGAUGUGAGCCAACCAAUCAUCAUCUCCCUCAGAGGCCAAAGAUGAAGGAUCCGGAACCACCUUGGACGCAGUUCCAGGACACGGAGGACCCGGAGUAUGAGGAUUUCCGUGCCGAAGCGGCGCUGCAGAGGAAGAAGCAGCAGGAAUGCUUCAGCAAAGCUGCUGAUGCAUACAGGCAGGGCAGGAAGCAGGUGGCCAGCUUCUAUUCCCAGCAGGGUCAUCUUCACGGGCAGAAGAUGAAGGAAGCAAACCACCGAGCGGCCGUGCAGAUCUUUGAGAGGGUCAAUUCCUCGCUCCUGCCUCAGAAUGUUCUGGACCUGCACGGUCUGCAUGUGGAUGAAGCCCUUUACCACCUGGGAACGGUGCUGGAGGGAAAGACUGCAGAGUGGCAGCAGGGAGGAUGUGGGCCUCAACUGACAGUCAUCACUGGAAGGGGGAACCACAGCCAUGGGGGUGUGGCCCGAAUCCGGCCGGCCGUCAUCGACUACCUCAGCAGCAAUAGCUACAGGUAUUCAGAACCAAGACCUGGAAUAGUGCUGGUCACACUACAUUGACAUGUUGUCGUUGUCGUCAGUGUUUUUUUUUUUUUUUUUUUUAACCAAUAGUAUUAAUCUCUCUCUCUCUUGCUCGCUCUCUCUCUCUCCCUCACUCAUUCGCUUGCUCGGUCUUUCUCUCUCUCUCUCCCUCACACUCUCUCUCUCUCGUAUUUUUAGCAUUGCCCUCAUUUCCUCCCUUUUCCACUCUGAUUCUCUCCGUGUAAAUUUGCUUAAAAGUUUUUUUUCUGUUCCAAAAUUAGAACAUUAUAUCGUUUUUAUAAAAACUAAGGACUGUCUUUUAAUGAUGUACAGCGUAAAUAUAUUUUUACAUUUGGGUAUGUGAAUGUUUAACAUGCUUGCUUUUCUGCCGGCUGUAAGUGGCGUUUUUCAAAAGCAUGACCCCUUUUUUGUAAUAAUUCAUAGCAUUCUUAAUUGAACCGGAAGACCAGACCAGCCGUUUUAAAUUACAACGUGAGUCAUAUUGGGAAACCCUGGCAGGACAUGGGCAAUCUCUUAUAUUUUAUGAUUAUUUUUUAACAAAUACAAGUGGUUGAUUUCCCCUCCCCAAAAAAAAAAAACAUUGUUACUGGGAGUCAGUCUUUGAUACUUGCUUGGUACUUAAUUCCUCCUUUUAUGUGCAAUAACCUUUAUUUAUGUGUUUUUUUAACUUUUAAAAUAAUUUCAGCAUAUUUUCAAUAUGUACAGAACAGUAUAUAAAACACGUUAGAAGCCAAUACAGAUUUUACAGAUUUGCUAUUUGCUAAGAGAUGAAUAAAUGACAUUUAUAAAUAAACUUCUCUGAUUUGUU